UUCUGCGCAUGCGUACACCGCACUACGGCCCAAAGGCGUUGGUGUCCGUCCGAAGAUGCGUUGCAGUCCGGCAGCAUCAGUACCAGCUGCGCGGUGCCGGUAAAGGAGCCGAAUAACGGAGGAGUCUAACCCGGUGUCUGAUGUUCGGUGGUUCCGAGCGAAGCGAUGGGAGAGCAGAAGGAAUCUCUGCGUAAGAUAACGCACACGCUGGCCAUGAAGAACGAAGAGAUAUCAAACUUUGUGUGCUCAGUGAAACAGAACCUGAACAACUUGGAGACAAACUCCAGCCGAGUCCAGGAGGACCUGGAGACCGAGUUCAUGUCGCUCCACUCGGUCCUGGACGAGAUGAAGGACAACAUGCUGACGCGUAUCAAACAGGAGCGGGCCAGCCGGACCUACGAGCUGCAGAGUCAGCUGAGCGCCUGCUCCAAAGCCCUGGAGAGCUCAGAGGAGCUGCUGGAGCUGGCCAAUCAGACGCUGUGCUCCUCUGAGACGGAGGGCUUCAAUCAGGCGGCCAAAGACAUUAAGGAUAGUGUGACGAUGGCUCCGGCCUUUCGCCUCUCCCUGAAGGCUAAAGCCAGCGACAACAUGAGUCACUUGAUGGUGGAUUUCAGCCAGGAGAGGGAGCUGUUGCAGGCCCUCAAGUUCCUCCCAGUUCCCUCCACUCCUGAGAUCCAGGUCUCAGAGUGCCAAGUGUGCGACAACACUGUGACUGUAGUCUGGACCUUACCAGAACCAGAUAGCAAGAUAGACCACUACAUCCUGGAGCACCGGCGCACUAACCACGAGGGUCCGCCGCGCAUCAGAGAGGACUUCCCCUGGAUGGUGGUGGAGGGGAUACGAGAGCUGGAGCUCACACUCACCGGUCUCCGCUUUGACACCCGCUACAUCACGUUCAGAGUGAGAGCGUGCAACAAGGCCGUGGCAGGAGAGUUCUCAGAACCCGUCACACUAGAAACCCACGCCUUCACGUUCAAACUGGACGCUGCUUCGUCCCACCAGAACCUGAAGGUGGAGGACUUGAGUGUGGAGUGGGACGGCAGUGGAGGAAAGAUACAGGACAUCCGCAAGGAGAAGACUCGAACCAACUCACCAAUGCAUUCUCCAGCCAGGUCGGCACUGAUGUCACCGAAAAGAGCGCCGACAGCCCGGCCCGGCAGAGACCGGUUUACUGCAGAGUCCUACACAGUGCUGGCUGACACGAUGAUUGAUGCUGGCCAGCAUUACUGGGAGGUUCGGUUUGACAAGGAGAGCAAGGCCUUCGCUGUGGGCGUCGCUCUGCGGAGCCUCGGGCGCUUCGACCAGCUGGGGAAGAGCAGCGCUUCCUGGUGCAUCCACCUGAACAACUGGCUGCAGCAAAGCCUCACAGCAAAGCACAACAACAAGGCUCGGACGCUGGACUGUACCAUCCCCAGCAGUAUAGGGGUGUACAUCCACUAUGACGAAGGUGUUCUGUCUUUCUACAACUCCAAAACUAAACAACUGAUGCACACCUUUAAAACCAAGUUCCAGCAGCCGGUUAUACCAGCUUUCAUGGUGUGGAACGGCAGUUUUUCAGUGGUGACGGGCCUUCAGGUUCCCAGCGCAGUGCAGAGCGGCCAGAGGAAAAACAGCGGCACCAGCAGCUCCAACGCCAGCCUCAACUAGAGCUGGGGGGGGGGGGGGCACAUUCAUUGUAUCAUAUCUCUGCAGCUUAUUGGCUUGGCCUGUUCCCCCACCCUGUUACCUAAAUAUUUGGGAACAAGUGAGUCACCUGACUGACAGAGCUCUUCACAUUACGACACAUUAGCUGUAGACUAGUUCCUCCUCUCAUGUCAUUUGAGAGCUGCUGCUGCUGCUGCUAGAGCAAAGACUUCUUCCCUCCCUCCAUCUCUUUCCCUCCCUUCUUCCCUAUCCUCUUUCCCUCAAUUCGGCCCUUGUUCCUUCCCUUAUUCCUUGAUGCUUUCCUUCCUCUACUUCCUUCCCUCACUCUUUCCAUAAGUGGUACCGUCAAUGCACACAGCUUCAUGUGCCUUUUCCUUUUUCUCCGAUCCAACACUGGAAACAACCUUAGUGACGCUUUCUACAACGGCCAUGUCUAUGAUCAGGGUUAUAAUCAUACUUAGAACAGUGCUUUUACAGAUAUUAUAUAGGUAUUGGUUUUUGAAAAUUAUAUAACAGACUUGUGGAUCAUAACUGAACGCUCUCCCUAUUUCAAUUAAAACAAUGCGUCAACAUAACAUGGUUCCUAUUGGUAGUUUUAAUUAUCACCAACUCUACCAGUCAGACUGUUUGACCCAAAUAAGCUCCUGUUCCAACACAGACGGAAUAGGACGUAGUUCUAUUGAUCAGGAUAUUUUUCAACUGGACUUCAGUGAUGCCUCACAACACAUGUUAGGGAUGUCGUGUUCCGUUUCUUGCAGACUCAACAGUGUUAACUGCAUCAGACUCUUUGUAGUCACUGGUUUUCUUUGGAGUUCAACAUGACUGAAGAACGUUAGAAGGGAGCUUCUAUCAGCUUUAUGUAGAGAAAUCAUCAGAUUAUGGCUUCUGUAUUCUUCAAAUUCACCUGACUGCACCGUCAUUGGUUAAUAUGAUAACUUCUCCUCCUGGAUAACUAGCCUGCAAUGCUUUACAGUACAUUUAUGGUAACUUUGUUUUUCACAGUGACACAGACUCACAAUAUUGUAAAUAGUUUUAAUUUUUCCACUAUAAUGCAUCAGGCAUUGAGGUAAAAAUGAGUGAGAGCACUUUGUUGUUACAUUUCUGCUUCAAUGAUCAAUAAAACAAAGUCAGAAACGAA